CUGAUCCAGACCAAAACAAUCCAAUUAAACAACACCUAAGAAGAAGCUCAGUUUCUCAAACCCUAUUAACAGAGUCCCAGAAAGGCAGAAAAUUAACAACAAUGUCCCUCUUGCAAUCUCUCUUGGAUCCUUUCAGAGUUUUCAACUCAGAUUUGGACGAUACUCAAAUGGACUGGAAGGAGACCUCGAACUCCCACGUUUUCGAAAUUGAUCUUCCUGGCCUUACAAAAGAGGACGUGAAGCUUGAACUGCAUGAAGACAGAGUGCUUCAUGUUAGUGCAGAGAGAAAGGAUGAAGAGCCUCCCGAAGGGGAUCAGAAGAUUAAGGAGACGUGGCACUGCAGGGAGAGAUCAAGUGGCAGCUUCUCGAAGCAUUUCCGGUUGCCUGAGAAUGCCAAGGUUGAUGAGAUUAAGGCUUCAAUGCGUGAUGGGGUGUUAGUCAUUACGGUGCCAAAGGAGGACUUGAAGAAAAAGCCUAAACACAAAGAAGUUGAAAUCUCGGGGGAUGAAGAGCACGUUUCUAAAGGACUUGGUCGUUUUGUGUGCUGCAAAGCUUAAGAAGAAUUACACUAUCCCACCCUUUCAAGCAAUAUGAAUUAAAAUCUGUGUCCUUUUUUUUUUUUUUUGGUGUGAUUUGGGUAGAAUGUGAUUUUCUUUUGUGAUUAUUUGUCUGUUGUGAAUGUGUGCUGCUUGUCUUGUAUUUUUUUUCCAGUUCGAAUCAAUUGUUGUAAAUUGUUGUUGGUCGUGGUCAAUUCAGCUCCCCUUUGCCCCAAAACUUGUGACAGUUGUAUUUGAUCCACAAAAUUCCGAAGUUGGGGAUGAGGUAUCUCUGAUUGCGUAGGGCGAAAUGAUCUUGGGCAUUAGUCCAGCUACUUCGCCAGAAGUUCAAGACCCCCUAUUGGAGAGCUUCUACCAUAUCCCAGUUAUUGUAUAGUACUCUAUGUUUCUUCAUCAAUGAAUCUUGUUUUUCCAGCUGA